ACGCGCAGAGGGGAGCAGUUGUAGCAAGACCAACUUCUCUUGUCUCCCUGUUGGGAGCUGCAAAGCAAGACUUGUAGUUAGACCCUGUCUUCUUUCCAGCUCUCCAUUUGCAAUGCUGGCAAAAGUGCAGGGCAGGGACUAAUCCUCUUGGAAUGCACCAAUUAUCACUAAAUAAGUAUUAAUUGCUGCAUUCCAAGGGGAUUAGCACAGUUGAACCCAAUUAUAGCAAAGUGAAGCUUCACUGUAAGGCACUACAGUGCAUUGAAAUGCAGUGAAGCAAUGUAGGACUGUCAGUCCGCAACACUUUGUCAGUAAAAAUUGUGGGCUUACACACUGUAAACAGCAGACUUUUUCUUUUCAGUGUAUUAGUCUACUGCAUGAAUGGCAUGCCUUGCUGGGGGCUACAGCUUGUUCACCAGAGAAAUUUGUUGCUUAUUUAACACCCUUUAUCUUUGUGUGAACAUCUUAAAAAAUGAUUUUAAUACUUGUUGAGUUAGUCGCGGCACUACCGCUGUUACUCCCUGAUGGAUCAGGGCAAGACUCUGCAGUCUGUCUGGAUUCUCCCAUCUCUAAAGUUGGCCAGCUCCUCCAUCAGGUGAUGUAGGAAUUAAUUUUGCCUGCAAGUACUAACUGUAUCAAAGAACUUUUGAUAACUGACCUCUUCUCAGUCCCAGCACUCUGCAGUGAUGAUUACAAGCAAGCUCUCUGUGGUAGCAAUGCAUGAGCCAGAGGGCAGUGUGUAGUUACUUUUUAAUCCUCAGCUUGACUGUGGUGGUGAUUUGUUUUUUUUUGUUUUCAUUUAUUUCCCGUUAAAACUGCAAACCCUGCUGCUUUUUUUUUAUAGUACAGUCAAAGCAUAACCAGUAAGCAUGAAAAGGGGAUGCUUCUGGGGAUGAAUCAGCCCCUUGCAUUAGAGCUGUUCCAGGAUUUCUUGUGUCCAGAGAAAGAAUGGUAUAUUGAGGCACAGAAUCAAUUGAAUGCAUGCGUUGUCUAUUUUAUGGAAGAUGUUAUCCUUAUGGAUAAUGAGCUGCACCUUAACCAGCGUUAAACACAACUGAGUUGUACUUGAGGACCAUUUCAAUUCCCUGACCCAUUCUGUUUCAGGAACCAUAGAUCAAAUCUUGCAGUCUUCCCAGUCCAGGUAAUUCUUGAAAUGCACUUUCUUCCACCCGUAUGUUUAGAUAAAGAGUCAAGUUUAGCUGAGAGCUUUUCUUAAUCCAGCAGGGAGGGUUUUAUGUCUCUGCUGUGGCCUUGUCUGUAUUGGAAAAAAAUAGCUGCUGGUUCAGCUGAACUAGUGUUGGCAUUCUAGUCCAGUGUUAACAAAGUUCUUAUGAUCUGACUGAAGUGAGUAAACUGAAACAUCAGUGUGGUUUAAACUGUUGGUAAAAAUGCAUGUAUGAGAUUGCCUAAUGCAGGACGUGGGCAGGAGGUGCCUAAGUUUUUACUCUGCUGUGUAGUUCCUAGAGAUGCAAAGACUGAAUAGGAUGAAAAGAAGGUGACACUCUAAGCAAAUCAUUCCUCAUUGUGUAAUUGCAAGUUGUAUGAACACAGAAAAGCAUUUUCCUAGAGAAGAGGCCACUUCCCCUUUAUCUUUUUCUGUAUUCUUUGACUGCAUGUGAUUUGUAUCUCCCAUGCCGUGCUUGUUGUGAGAAUAACUCGUAAUACAAGCCUGAUUGCUGUUUUGUAUACUCUCAUUGUACUUAGAUUAUAAUUAUAAGCUUGCCUUAUUUCAAAAGCUGAGGGAUGGGGAGGAGAGAAUUUCUAGGGGCACUGUCAUGCAAAGCCUUUUUCUGACUCGACCCACACUUCUAAAUGAAGUCCGUAUACUCUAUUUCUCUGACCUUUCCCUAUCUGGACAUCAAAACACACUGGCCCAACUGCUGUUCUCCCAGUGUGCCUACUGUUGCCAUUAAUCUCCCUUUCUUAUACAGCUCUUCAUUCCUUUUCCUUACCUUUGGCCCCAACUCUUUAUUCAAAGUGAUAAUUUGCUGGCUUUCUGCCGGAGGGAGAAGCUAUGAUCAAUAACAGGAGACAGGGGUCAGCAGAAUAGUGAUGAGCAGUGCCAUUUGCUCCUCUGAAAAUACUGUUACCCAAAAAUAUCAAUAACUAGUAUGAUAUUAUUUUAGCUUUUGGAGAAGGCAUCAGUGAGAUUUAGGCAGCCUGCAGUGGGAGCAGGGGUCUUUUUCCUCUCACUAAUUCCUUAUUUCAGCCAAUCUUCUGCUACAUGGGGAAGUGGGCAGAAAGGGCUUUAUCUGGCUCGUGUUGGAAUAUAGACCGUGUACCUGAGCACAGCCAUUUCUAGGACUAAUGACACGUCUUUCAGGUUCAAUGCCUGGUGACUCGCAAGGGCUGUGCUUUACCUUUUGCCUGGUGGUGAGUCAGAGCCCAUCUCCAGCCUUCACUUGCAGCUUUUGGGGUAGAAGAGCCACAAAGGAAACCCUCCCCAAGGGUGGGGGAGAGCAGAGGCUUAGCAGUACUGUCUAGGUAUUGCAGAAUGGCGUGCAGCACUAGGUUUUGGGUGCUGGAGUAAUGCUAGUGUCUAGUAAUUUUGGUAUUUACUGGAACAAUAUAUAAUAAUUGUUAAAUGAAAAGAUAAUACUGUUUUAUCAGUGUAUUAGCCUUCAUUAUUCCAGACAGCAAGGUGAUGAAUUUCUUGGUCUCCUUCUUCCAAGAACUUCAGUAUACUUUGCUAUCAAAAGACUAUACAUCCUUCUUAUAUGCACAAUAACUCUCAUCCAGCCAGUUGUCUUCAUGCUGUUGGAAAAUAGUUAAGACCAAUCCUGUUCCUGUACCUGCUGGGGAUGCACAUUCUUCUUUUUCUUUUCUAAGAAUUAGAAAUGGGAAAAAAAACAACCCACAUUAUUCAUUGAGAUACUUGUGCUUCCUCCCAGUGUAAGCUCUGAUCCUGAAGUAUAUUAAGAGCAUUACUAGUGUAAACACUCAGCAAUCUUCUGUUGAGACAGUUGUAUUUUUAUGGGGGAGGCUGAGUUUCAGGCUUUAAGGUGCAUCCAUGUCAUGUUUUCAAGCUUUUCUAAUUCACAGUUGUCUAAAAUGUGCUUUUUAUUUCUGUUAAUAAAAGUGAAAAUUUUUAUUUGUUCACAUUUGAAAAGAGCACAAUAAUGUGAGAUUUCUUACAAAAUGAGAGUUGGCAUCACUGUGUCAAGUGGUAUGAUUUUCAUAUAAAUGCCCUAACACUUUGCUGGAGAAAUUACUUCUGUCUAAUAUCUCCUUCUCGGGAAGAUUUUUCUAAAACUCCAGAUUUCACCUUUCUUAAUUUAAUUUCAUUAUGCUGGGUUUCUUCUCCCUUCUAGUGCCCUAAAUGAAUCCUUUUAUUAGUUGCUGCUGCUGCUUCUUAAUAAUAAUUUAAAAAAAAAUGCAGUGAGAAAUGUUGAGGAGGAAGUCCCCCUAAACACACUUUGGUCUCCCAUGCAUGUAAAAGUUCUGUGGUUGUGGGUUCAGUUUCUGUUUGUUUGUUUUUAAUAAAGAAAACCAAUGCACCAAAAAACCCCAACCCUAAAACCAAACAACUCCCAGGUAUCCCUGAUUCCUGGUUCUCUUUGAGUUCUAGUGCCUUGUUUUCUGUGUGUCCCUUAAAGAAAUUAAGUCUUAUCUCUAAAAGCUUAACUGCCCCAGCUUUAGUAAGGCUAAUUUGAAAAGCAUGUUGAGGUCCUUAGGUAAAAGCAUAAUGAAAUGAUUUAAUACGAUUAAGACACAUCAGUUUCUUGUGUUUUUUUAGCUCAUAGUGUGAAGCGUUCUCCUGAGUGACGUUUGCUGGGUUACUGCUAAAGUGUGUUUAUUCUGUUGCCUGUGUGGUUAUCCACCACUGCCUAUGGAGUGCUGCUUUAAUACCACCUGAUUUGAUCACUAGCUUGACUUUGUAAGGAAACAAGUGUUGUGAUUCUCCUGUCUCAGCCUGCUGCUCACCACCACCCCAACCACUUUUGACCUGGGGGGUCAACAUCAAUUCAGUUAAACGAAGGAGGCUCAGACAUAACCUGCUCCUACUCGUGGUUUUGUGUAGCUAGCUGCAGCAAUCUUAUUAGUCCCCUCAGAGCAGCAGAAAAACCAGGGCAUUUUCACUUUCGCGCCGUGCUGCUGGGUUAGUCAGUCAGCCAGCAUGUACAUGUGCUACUUGGGGUUGUGUGCCCAGGUACCUGGCCCCACAGAGGCAGGCAGGGACUUGACUGCAGUGCCUCCUGCGUUGCCCUAUUGUGCUGGAUGGAGAACGUGGACCUGUGGGAAACAAGGCUUUGCCAGCAUGGCUGCUGGGCAGACCUGCUCGGUUUUGUGUCGCUCCGAGGACCAUGUUAACGGGCAAGCCUAUGACGUGGGGUUGAAAAGCCUUGUUAGCUCCCAGACCGCAGCCGCCUUCAAACCACUCAUCCCACUCCUGGGCUGUGCUGGUCUGCCUUGGGUUCUGUUGCUAGAGGACAGCUUCAAGCAGCAAGAAGGUUGAAUCCCAUGGCCCGCUCAGUAGGUAGGAGUGGCAUGCAUAGCUAGAGGCUGCCAAGCGUUCUGUUUCAAGCUGAGUGAGGAGAAGAUGCACACUGUGCUCUCCUGCAGAGAUGACACAGGCUCUCCUCUCUAUGGGCUGCGGUGGCUCCAAGGACAAAAUGGCCCCAGAGCUCUUCACGCGCUGACACCCUUUGAAAAUACAAAGAUCCAGUGCGUUCACAUCAAAAGGCAUCUCCGUUUCAUAAAUCGGUACGGUUGAAAUGAGCCAGGCAGAGCCAGCUGUGCUGGUGUUUUGUGUCCUGUGGACGCUGCCUCCAACGAUGGGCAGAGUCCAGCUGUCGUGAGGCUGGCUGCCCCGUAGUCCUGAGAGUGCAGCCACUUUCAGUUGCUCAUGGUAAGGCUGUAUUUCAAUUAGAUUUAGAAAUGAACUUUAUAUCUUUACCAGUUUAGCCAGCUACUUGUUCAAGAGUGACUAUAACUUACAAUUUUAAACUUCUGUUUAUGCCGUACUGCGCACUGGGCAUAGUUAUAUAUACUAUCCCUUUUGAAGCCAGGCCAAAUUUGAUACCUGAUACACUUUCUAGGCCCCUUGUAGAGAUCAGCAGCUGCUGACUGGGAUGACCUAGGAGCCAUCAGACAAACUGAAAAAAAACAAACCCGGAACAAACCCACCAAAACCCGUUUUGCAAAGAGGAAAAGAAAAAAAAAACCAAAAGGAAACACCAAGCAUCGAUACCAGGAACGUAAACCCCAGCCCUCAGAGGCUGCCCGGCUGCGAGGCAGAGGAGGCGCGUGCUUGGGCGCCGCUGCCGGCAGGUGGACUCGGAAAGGCCUCGUCGGAGCUGAGCUUCCUGCGGGGCGGCAGAACAGCAAAGCCCGGGGAGGCAGCUCUUCUCCUCCUCGCCCCGCGGCCUCCCGCUCCCCAGCACCGCCCGGGCGAGCAAGAUGAAGUGGAGGAGGGUCGCGAUCUUUGCCAUCUUGCAGGCACAGCUCCCGGUCACCGAUGCUGUACCAGUUCUUGGACUGACAGACCCAAGACUCUGCUACUUACUGGAUGGAUUCCUCUUCAUUUACGCAGUCGUCAUGACAGCCCUUUUUGUGAAAGCAAAGCUUAGCCAAGCCUCUGAACCACAGCUGCGACCAGGACAGGAUGAUGUGUAUAAUAAACUGUCUCGUGGACACAGAGAUGAAUAUGAUGUUCUGGGGGCAAAGCGAGGUGCAGACCCUGAGCUGGGUGGGAGACACCAGCAGAGAAGAAAGAACCCUCAGGACACUGUCUACACUUCACUGCAGAAGGACAAGAUGGGUGAGGCAUACAGUGAAAUCGGAAUGAAGGGAGAGCAGCAGAGGCGGCGAGGCAAAGGGAAUGAAGGUGUCUACCAGGGACUCAGUUCAGCGACCAAGGACACUUAUGAUGCUCUCCAAAUGCAGCCUUUGCCCCCCCGCUAAAUGGGAGUCACAGAUGGGAUGGGCAAGAGUAGGAGAUGCCCACCUGCUUUGGGAAGGAGAGGAGAGAAAGCCUUGUUCAUCCAAAACAAAUGCUGUGUAUUUUCUCCGUGCAAAAACCUACUUUGGUUGGUGCGCAGAGGGAGUAUGUCUGGACUUGGUCAGUCCCUUCUCCCUUCCCUCCUGAAUCAUGUAACUGCAAGCUUUAGCUAUUAAAGUGUACAUAUCUGUUAAAGUUGUUUCCAACAGCAGUGGUUACUAGGCUGAUUUUUGUAAGAUUUGUGUUGUGGGACCAUACCACACCUACUAAACACAGCUGUUUCCGUAGCUCUUACUUGCCUUCCAGGGGUAUCAUGACAUGCAACUACGGUUUCGUUGGAUUUAAAGAACAUGUAAAGAUAGGGCUGUAGUUAUUUCCUGUAGUAUUUAUCUUAAGACUAUUUGACACAGGCCAGCUAAACUUUUUGCUUUAAAUUUACCUUUUAAAAACUGUUUCAGUGGAGGAUGACUUUUUACAAUUAAAGAAAAAAGUGAUGCGAUGUUAGUGUAGUGAAGGACAGAGACCGAAUGCCAGCUUUUCAAUAUGAAGAAAAAGAGCACUAAGCUCCAAGAAAAGAUCAAGCAAUGGCAUUGCCACUCAUCCAGCACCUGGAGCUAAACAAGAGCCAGGUAACCUGCAAAAAGAGACUUCUCAGAAUGCAGAAGAUACCCCUGUUGCAAUGAAAACAAGGAGAAUGGACUCUGAUAAAGAGAGUAAUACUGGAAAAGCCAGGAAAACUCACCCUGGUGAAUCUCAUUUGGCUGAAGGGUUUGGCUGGAAUGUCUGCCCCCUCACGUUAGCAACAUCUGCAACUAUCACUGCAGAACACACUCCCCUUGUAAGAGCUGGUAUGGCAAUUCUGAUGUUAGAAACAGACCAAAACUAUCACUUCUGGGCAACAGAAACCGUACAAAAGCCAAUGUAAAUGCAGUUUCCAAACCAGUCCAUUGUCAGUUUACCUUUAAAAGAUGAUGCAGGGAUCAUUCCAAAGAGAUACUAGUUCAACAAUGUAAUGCAUUUUUGCUGAAUUAAUAAAGUUAGUGUCAAAGA